UUGUGAGAGCUUCAUGUCACAUUUUGUCUUUCAUUACUAUGUGUUUCCAUGAUCAUAGCUUCGUACAGAAUGACAUGGCACUGUAAAAUUUGAAUAGGGUGAGGCAGUGACUUUGGCUAGGACCACACUGCCUGUCUGUGGUUAUGUCAGGCUAUGUAAAUGAGAGGACUUUUCUAGAAAAAAAAAAAAGCACACAAAAAACAAUCAUAUAUCUAACAUUUAUAUUUGUAUUAUAUUUUAAACUUAUUGUUUGAUUUCGAUUAAUUACUGAGAAGUAAUAAUAAUAGAUACAGUAAAUAUGCUGUUUUCGAUCACCUGAGUCUGCCAGAUUACAUCAUAGGUCAACAGGUGAGAGAGAGAGAGAGAGUGUGAGAGAGUGAGUUAGUUUGUGUGGAGGGUGGAGCUGAAGUACGUCUUUUUUCCGGUCCUGAAGACUGCGCCAACGCUUCAGCUGUUCCACAAAUUAAUUUUACUCAGCAUUUCUCACAAAUUUAGAGUAAUUACCCCCUGCUAAGUGAAAAAUCUACAGAUUCAUUUUUCAAGGAAUCCAUCUAACAAGCCAAAAUGGAUAAGUUUCGUAUGAUGUUCCAGUUUCUUCAGUCCAACCAAGAGUCGUUCAUGCAUGGUGUUUGUGGCCUUAUGGCCCUGGCUAGUGCUCAACUUUACUCCGCUUUUGAGUUCAACUGCCCCUGCAUGCCUGAAUACAACUAUUCCUAUGGAAUUGGUGUAUUGGUAAUUCCAGCUGUUUGGUUCUUUCUGCUCGGCUUUGUCCUGAACAAUAACGUGUCUAUACUAUCCGAGGAAUGGAAACGGCCUGCGGGUCACAGAGCCAAGGAUCCUGCAAUUUUGCGCUAUAUGUUUGUGUCUGUGUCACAGCGUUCCUUGAUUGCCCCUGCAGUUUGGAUUACAGUAACAUUAAUGGAUGGGAAAAGCUUCCUUUGUGCAUUUAGUGUGGACUUGGAUGUGUCUGAGUUUGUUAUUGGAAAUUUUACUGGACAUAACUUAUCGUCGGAGGAGAUGUUAAUGCUGCUUGCCAAAAUCCCUUGCAAGCACAUAUUUGAUGGACAGCAUAUUUUCUCUAGAGAAGCAGCCACCAGGUAUAUACGAUGUGUAUCACAGGCAUUCGGCUGGCUCUUCCUGUUAAUCCUUACGCUAAUUGCAUUCACCGUCCGCGCCAUGCGUCCCUGCUUCAGCCAAGCUGUGUUCCUCAAAACUAAAUACUGGUCACACUAUGCUGACCUCGAGCGCAAGAUAUUCGACGAGAUCUGCGCGGAACAUGCCAAGAGUUUUGCCAAAGUCUGCAUCCAUCAGUACUUUGAGAGUGAAAGUGGGGACAUGCGCAGCUUACACGGCCAAAACGGGGAUGACAGUAAAGAGGAUGAUGAUGAACAACCUAAAGAGGAAGAUAAACUGCUAGGCAUUCAUGCCCAGGAGGACAUGAAUAAAGUUUUGUGGAACUGGCAUAUAUCUAAGCCUCCAUUAAGUCUGAGAAAGCCUGGAGCCGGUGAUGAUGCCAACAAGAAAGUAAAUGGAAGCCAAAAUGGAGUGAAAACUGGCUAUGACAACGUUACAUUUACCACAGAUCAAAAGGACUAUGAGGAUGGACACAUCACAUCCAGAAAUGGAAACAGCUACAUGAAUGGUAACGCUCCCAUGAACCGGCACGCCUGGAAUGACUCCCCAUCCAGCGUUAAAAAGAAAGAGUGGGCUGUAUAUUACAGCAAGGUCUGACGAGCUUAGUGGUGGAGCUGUUGCUAAAUGAUCCCAAAGCUGACAGAAAUCAGCUACACCA